AUGAAGUACUUCCGAUCUGUCGUCGUUCUGGUCACACUGGCUGUCGCCUCGACCGCGUUCGCUGCACCCGUGUCGACCUCGUCCAACGAGCUUACAGCUCGCUCUGCCGAAAAACCCAACCUGAUCGACGAACUGAACGCAGCUUCGGAAGACCUUGGACUGCGCAAGCGAUCCGACGAGAACCUCAUCGACGAGCUGAAUGCUGCGCUCGAAGACCUGGGACUGCGCAAGCGAUCCGACGAGAACCUCAUCGACGAGCUCAACAAGGCCGCCGAGGACCUUGGACUGCGCAAUGUCAUCGACGAACUGAACGCAGCUUCGGAAGACCUUGGACUGCGCAAGCGAUCCGACGAGAACCUCAUCGACGAGCUGAAUGCUGCACUCGAAGACCUGGGACUGCGCAAGCGAUCCGACGAGAACCUCAUCGACGAGCUGAAUGCUGCGCUCGAAGACCUGGGACUGCGCAAGCGAUCCGACGAGAACCUCAUCGACGAGCUGAAUGCUGCACUCGAAGACCUGGGACUACGCAAGCGCGAAAACGCCAUCGACGAGCUCAACAAGGCCGCCGAGGACCUUGGACUGAAGAGGAGGUCUAAGGAAGACCCCAACCUGAUCGAUGAGCUCAAUGCCGCAUUGGAGGACUUGGGCUUGCGAAAGCGCGAGACAGUGAUCCAGUAG